AUGAAUGACGAGAUUGAAUCUUAUUCGGGACAUGAGGCCGGUCCUAGGUUCAGCUUGGAACCCGUUCAACUUCAAUUUCAGAUUGCUAGUCGUAUCAAAAAGCUGCUUGUGAGUAACAACUUUCUAUACCUAGUGUUGAUUGAUGGUUUAGUCUAUAGAAUCAAUUUGGAUAGCCCUGAAACGGUGGAUAAAAUAGCAAUUGAACUCUCUGGCGCCACAGUCAAGCAGGCAUACCUGGAUAGAAAGGGCUAUCACCUAAUAGUUCAAUCUACAAAAGACAGCUUCUAUUAUCUUCACUAUCAGUCUACCCAUUACAAAGAACUUUCCAAGAUGAGAGAGCUCCCAGUCGUUUCGAUAAGUUUCUUUGAUAAGUAUAGUCAUAAGAAUACCACCGGACCUAUGGUGGUAUCCACAUCAACGGGUAUCGUUUAUGAGGUUAACAUUGAGUCCAAAAAGGAGAGGAUUAUGAAGCAGAUUUGGAAAUCGAGGGACGGAAUCAAAUACACCUGUGUAUCAUCUAUGACACAAUCAAAGGGAUCAUAUGUGGUAUAUCGGGUUUUAUGUGCGUUAACUAACAAUAAGAUUGUUCAAUUCUGCUGUACGCUACCCGAUACUGUUUCCAGCUCAUCUUCAUCGUUGCAGUCAUCGUUUGAAAAGGGACCGAUUAGUUUCAACUUCAAUUCAUUAAUUCACAUCACCAGUAACAUCGAUACGGUAGCGUUUUUGGAUGUCAGUGAAGAGGACAGUUCGUACCAGAUCACUUACGGAAGGGUUGAUUUUAAAUCCAAAAAGGAACUCAGCCAUUUGAAAUUAGAUUCGGCUACUGGCUCUGCUGUUGCAAGCAUUUCACUAACGAAGUACUACAUUAUGAUUCUUACCACUAGAAAUGAACUUCUUGUAUUUAAUCAACUCAGUGGUAAAGAAGUCUCUAAGCAGAACCUAUCUACCACCGGUAAUAGAUUCAUUGGCUUUUCUUCUGAUAAGCUUCUGGAAACUUACUGGCUUUAUUCGUCUGAAGCCAUUUAUGAAGUUCUUGUUGAAAACGAAAACACUGGAAUAUGGAGACUGAUGAUGGAGAAGAAGAUGUUUGACGAAGCAAUAUCAACGUUAAAAAAUCCUCAUACAUCCGAUGCCGAAAAGUAUCACACCAUUAGAAUUAACCAAGGCAAGUUUCUAUUGAAGAAAGGAAGCUUUAACAAAGCCGCUAAGAUUUUGGCUGAGACUAGUGAACCUUUAGAGGAGAUCACUUUGAAGUUUAUUGAGUCCAAUCAGCUCAAAUCCUUAAGGAUUUAUCUUAGCAACAAGCUCAAAGCGUUGCCAAAGACAUUCUACAUGCAGAAGGUGAUUAUCAGUAGUUGGCUAGUGGAGCUGUAUGUAGAAGGUUUGAAUCAAUUGGAUGUGGAAAUGGGCCGAUCUCGGAGUAACUCCAUUAUAGAUACCGCUGAAGUUAUCGAUGAACAAAUAGCACAGAGAAAGGAAAAGUUCCUAAGGGAGUUUUAUUCAUUCUUGGAUGAAUCUAAGAAUGACUUAGACAAGGAUGCCGUCUACCAGAUUAUUCUUUCGCAUAACAGGAAAGACGAAUUACUUUAUUUCGCCAAUUCCAUCAAGGAUUACAACUUUGUUUUAAAUUAUUAUAUCAACUUGCAGAAAUGGGAGGAGUCCUUGAAGGUUCUUUCCUUGCAAAAGGAUAAGGCGCUUGUGUACAAGUAUUCUACUUUGUUGUUUGUCAAUUACCCGGUCAAGACUUGUGAUACUUGGAUCCGCCUCAUCGACGAUUUGGAGUAUCUAAAACUUCUACCGGCUUUGCUUACUUAUAACCAGACUGUGGUGAAGGCACGAAGAAUCAGGCCAAACAAAAAUCAGGCUUUGAGAUUCCUCAACUUUCUCAUUGAGGAACGGAAAGUCAAAGAUAGAAUUGUUCACAAUUCUGUCUUAUCAAUUCUCAUCAGAUAUCCAAAUCUGAAGAAUGAGGAUCCAAUUUUAAAGUAUCUUGAGGGCCAGCAUAAAUCGAAAUCUCUAUUCACAUCAGAUAAGAACGACUUUGAUAUAUCGUUUGAUCCUGAUUACAUACUAAGGCUUUGCUUGAAAUACCACAGAUACCAGAGUGCUAUUUAUAUAUUCUCAAUGAUGGGGGAGUAUGAAGAGGCUGUUGAUCUAGCAUUAGAUCAUGACUUGAUUGAGUAUGCCGUGCUUGUAACCGAUAAACCUGCCGAAUCAUCUAUCGCUGUGAGAAAGAGGCUCUGGUUGAAGAUUUCUGCAAAAUUAAUUCAUAGCUUGAUCGAGCACGAUAAGUCGUUGGACGAGUAUCGCCAGUUAUUGAUGAUCGAUGAGAAUAUUUUGACGAAGGGAGGUGAAAUCAAAUGCUUGCUAAAGUACUUGAUGAGCAAAUGUGAGUACUUGAAGAUGAAGGAUUUAUUACCUCUAUUUCCUGACUUCAUGGUCAUCGAUAAUUUCAAGGAAGAAGUGGUGAAAUCAUUACAAGAUAUGUCCUCUGAGAUGAGUAACCUCUCUCUUGAGAUGACUGAGUCAAUUGCUCAGUCGUCUAAGAUUGGCCAACUGAUUAAGGAUUUCAAGAAGGACAAUUUCCAGAUCAUAGAGCCUUAUGAAUCAUGCAUGAUCUGCCGUAAGAUUCUUACAACGCGUAAGUUUAUUGUUUUUCCCUGCUAUCACUCUUUCCACCAGGACUGCCUUGUGAAGGAUAUUUUGCGGUCCAAUGAUUAUAAGAUGAAGUCUGAAGUCUACAAACUCCAGAAGAGGAUUGUCGACAACAGCGGGGAUAAAAAGGCACUUGGCGAACUCCGAGCUGAAAUUGACAAUUUGCUCUCUCGGAAAUGCUGUCUAUGCUCAGAUAUAAAGAUUAACGAGAUUGAAGAGCCGUUAGUGGGACUCGAUGAUAAAGAGGAAGAUGAUUGGAAAUUAUAG